GGUCGCAGCUAUCGAAACUAUAGUGCUGUCGGGAAACAGAUCGCAAUUUUUCAUAUAGAAUUUUUUUUGUUACAAACUAAGCGUAAUUUUAAGAUAAGUUCGCUCUCCGCUUGUUGUUCCGAUUAGACUCUUUGUCCUUGAGUCCUGACCCUCUCCUCUUCAGUUAAAUUUCGCUCUGCAAUGGUGUCCAAGAACCAAUUCCAGCCAAAUCGGGCCAUGCAGUCGCAACACCACCCGCAGCAACAGCAACAGCAGCAGCAGCAGUAUCAGCAGCAUCCGCAGUAUCAACAGCAGCAGCAGCAAAACCAGCAUCCGCAGCAGCGAAAUAAUCAGAGCAUCAACAAUAAUAAUAAUAAUUACAAUAAUCCCCGUGCAGCAGCAGCUCCGUAUAGAAAACCAUUCCGUCCGGGCAACAAUAUUUCCGGACCAGGUGGAAAUGGUAACGGCAAUGGAACCAAUGGCAAUGGCAACAAUCAGAUGAUGUUCUCAUCCAGCCAAAUGCCCAGCGAUCCUCUGUACAUCGACUUCAACAGUCCGGCACCUGGAAACAAACAUCAAGGCGACGGUCUGAAGAAAAGGCCCUUAAAGGGCAUCAAACAGCAGCAGCAUCCCAAUCCGAACCAGCAGCAGGGAAAAAUGAACAGCCCAAAUAACAAACAAAUGAGCCAAAUGCAGCCUUUCAACCACCAGAUUAACGGCGGCGACUGGCAGCGUUUUCCGGGAAACAAUCUCAACCAGAACCGCUUCAAUGGGUUCCAGCGCGGACCCCCUCCAAACCGCCCACCCCCACGUCACAUGAUGGGUCCGCCAAUGGGACCAAUGGGUCCUGGACCACGUGGACUCGGACCCAUGGGUCCCGGAGGCCCUUAUCCGCAGAUGCCUUUUCAGCCACCGAUGCCCGGUAUGCGUGGUCCCCCUAUGCCGCCUAUGGGUGGACCACCACCGCCUCCGCCCCCGCACUUUAUGCGACGGAAUGGACCCGGUCCGGGUCCCAUGAUGGGUGGUCCACCGCCUAUGCACAUGAUGGGUCCGCGGAUGCCACCACGAGGUAUGCCACUAGGCGGACCUUUCGGACCAAUGAACAUGAACGGCGGAAGGAUUACGAAGCCCAAUCCCAAGCUUAUCAAGCAGGCGGUGAAGGGAAAGAACUCUAUUAAGACCUUAAAGAAUCUGAUCAAUCAGUAUCCUAUCGACAAGCCCUGGGUCACGGAGGAGAUUCGCAUCGAGCACGACAAGAAAGUGGACAUUGAAAACCGGUUGAAGGGCCACAAGGACGACGAACUCUUUUCCCAGUACAGGGGGCAGCGAGACAAGUUUGUUAACCUCUACGAGGCGGCACGAGAGGAAUACCUUAAGCAGGAGGCAGCCAGCGUCAAGGCCAAGGAUGCCAAGUCAGACAAAGACAAAACCCAAGAAAACGCAAUUUCAAAUCAGAGCGCCGCCCCUCAGGCCGGAAGCGCUAAAGAUGCAACAAUUCCAAAUCCCUAGGCAGCCAAUGCAACCGAAACCGAAUACCGAAUCAAAUCGAAUCGAACCGAAUCAAGAUCAGGUCGACUCGCAGAACAUUAAAUCUAAAAACAAAACAAAAGCAGUGCAAAACUAAAACUAAAUGAAAACAGAGAAAAGCGAGCAAGAGCAAGGGUCUGACAAAUGAAGACGUAUAGAACUCAAGAUCCCGACUCAAGAUCGGUUAUACACACAUCCUCCUCCUGAGGAGGUGCUUUUGUCACACGUUGCUUUUGCGACUGAGAACUGAGCUUAAUAACGAUAAUAUUAAAUACAAGCCCAGCGAUGAUUAUGUGGAAGAAAUUCUAAUUAUAAAGAUUACGUUAAAGAAUAAUGCAUAACGAUUCACUCAUCUAACGAUUAUUGUUAAUUGUGACCGUAACGUAAAGUAGAGAAUUGAAAUGUAACCGUAACGUAACAGUUUCCUUAUUCAAAAAACAUUUUUUCUAUUUAAUUCUAAACAGCGGCAAUAUCAAUUAUUUGUACACAUUAUUAUACACCCUUAUAUUUAUAUAUAUUCGUAUAUAUUGAUAAUAUAUAGUUAAUUAUAUUUCAUAUUCGCUACCCGUGUGCUUGAAAAGCAAAAUUAUUUGAUUAUUAUUAUACGCCGAUUUCAAGCACACGGGCCAAUAGCACUCUGUAAGCCUUGGAUUACACCACUUGAUUGUAUUUUUAAAUUAAUUCUUAAAAAUUACAAAUUAAGAUCACUCUGUGAAA